AAAGAGGUGGGGCUGCGCACGCAAGGUGGUGGGGCCUGGGGGUGAAGGAGGGUUGUGUAUAUAUACUGCCUGGCAGACUGCGGACGGCCUGUUGGUGCAUUCUACAUUGUGUGUGUGUGACGUUCGCUGAAGAUUUAUUUCAAAAUGGGUGAUGAUAACUGGGCAUCUUAUGGUACUGAUGAGAACAAGGAGUAUCGUUUCCGGGAUAUCUCCGGCAAGACUCUCCACUUUCAGGUGAAGACUGCCCAUGAUGCCCAUGUUGCCCUAACCUCAGGUGCUGAGGAGACCGAUCCCAUGGUGGAGAUUUUCAUCGGUGGUUGGGAAGGUGCUGCCUCAGCCGUCAGGUUCAAGAAAGAGGACAGCUGGGAAGAUCUGGUGAAGGUAGACACGCCAGACAUUCUGAGCGAGGAGGAAUACCGUGAGUUCUGGAUUGCCUUUGACCAUGAUGAAAUCCGUGUUGGCAAGGGUGGCGAAGGGGAGCCUUUCAUGCAGUGCCCCAUCCCAGAGCCCUUUGGAAUCACCCACUAUGGCUAUUCUACUGGCUGGGGUGCUGUUGGCUGGUGGCAGUUCCAUGCUGAAAAGUCGUAUAACACAGAAGACUGUUUGACCUACAACUUUAUACCCGUGUAUGGCGACACUUUGGAAUUCAGUGUUUCCUGUAGUAAUGAUGCACACGUAGCACUAACAUCUGCAGCAGAAGAAACAACACCAAUGUACGAGUUGCUCCUUGGUGGCUGGGAAAACCAACACUCGGCCAUCCGCCUCAACAAAGGUGAUGACAUGAUCAAAGUAGACACCCCUGACAUAUUGUGCUGUGAAGAAGAGAGAAAAUUUUGGGUUUCAUUUAAGAAUGGUCACAUCAGAGUUGGCUACAAGGACACAGACCCCUUCAUGGAGUGGACAGACCCAGAACCAUGGAAGAUAACCCACAUUGGCUACUGCACAGGCUGGGGGGCCACAGGCAAGUGGAAAUUUGAAUAUUAAGUGUGCAGUGGAAGAAGAACCAGACCAUGUCACACACACACGCCAACACAUAUGUGUUCCACAGUAGCUUAAUAAAGAAUAAACUCGGUUA